AUGUGUACAUGUGCAUUUGUCCAAUCAUUGUCUUGGAUCUCCGUAGGCGCAGCACCGCAGAACUGGACCAUCGAGUUUGACUCUGUUACUAACGUCCUUGGGGCCGUCCUCCCAAAAAUCGAAAACGAGACCUUGGCCUGGAACAACGAUGCCCGAUACUGCGUGACUCCCGGGAUCUUAUGGGGCGAGGCUCAUUGGAGCAAGAUGUUCGACUUGGCCUUGCAGCUGACCAGCAGCCAAGCGAAAGAAAUCUUCACCCAGUUUAUCCCAUCUGUGAACCGCACAGCGCAUCACAACCGCCCGCUGUAUCAGCUGUGGAGGGUAGUCCGGCGGCAGCCUGAAGAGCUUCUGGUCAAGGACAUCACCUGCGGUGAUGGUAUCAACUGGAUCCUUCACUUUGCGACCACCAAACUUGGCGUGUCGGUGACGCCCGGCUUUGAGCUGAAGUUUACUUCCAUCCUCUUCCACGCCGACAGGCUAAAUCCAGUUGAAGUGGGCGGCGAGCAGUGGCCAGACGUUGUGAAGUACUUCAAUGGCAUGAUUCACGCCAUGGAGUCGAACCAAACGUCCCUGGAGCGCUUAUUGGAUGUCUUGCACCUGAUGCCGAUCCAUUUCGUCUACGAUGGCAACGCCAAGGCCUACUUCCAAGUCAUCGGGAAUCAUUUUCCAUGGCUGUCCGCGCAGUACCGCUCCGCCAAUCUGGAAGGUCCGCCUUGGUUUGACAACUACGACAAGUCUGCCGUUGUGGUCGUGUAA